GCAGGAGAAGCCCGACAGCAUCGCUACCAGGCUGCCCCUUCCUCCCCCGUCGCUGGAGUGGUCCCUCUGCCGCAGCUGCCUCCUCCGCUCCCCCUCCAGCGCCCCCCUUCCCAGCCUUUUAGAGGAGGAAAACCAGGGGGAAAAUUAUUCCUGGUUUUGCUCCUCUAAAAACAAGGUGUGUCCUAUAAGUGCGUCCUUUGGAGUGAAAAAUACAGUAUACGGCUUUUCCCACAAAACGUGGCAAAGAAAUGAGGACAUUCUCCAGGUAUAUUAUAAUGAUACAACAGAACACAAUCGGUCUAAACCAGGGGUCAGCAAACUUUUUCAACCGGGGGCCGGUCCACUGUCCCUCAGAACUUGUGGGGGGCUGGACUAUAUUUUGAAGGGGGGGGGAAAUGAACAAAUUCCUAUGCCCCACCACUAACCCAGAGAUGCAUUUUAAAUAAAAGGACACAUUCUACUCAUGUAAAAACAUGCUGAUUUCCGGACCGUCCGCAGGUCGGAUAUAGAAGGCGAUUGGUCCGCAUCCGGCCCCCGGGCCUUAGUUUGGGAACCCCUGGUCUAAACAGUUGUUACUUUUGCAUCAUAUAGUUGGCCAUUUCUGGUAUCUAAAUAUGGUGUUUUAGCUUACAGAUUCAUGCAGCAGCAGAAUAAUACAGCCAAAGCUUGGUCGUUUGUUAGCAGAGGGUGCACAAUUAAAAUGGUGUUACUGUUCAGUAAUUUGUACCACUAUCUUUUUAACUUUCAAUCUGCCUUUUUACAGGUUAUACACAAACACUUCUACUUGAAGAGAGUAGAAAUCAUGGCUCAGUGUGAGGAGUGGAUAGCAGAUAUACAACAGUACAGCAGUGAUAAACGGGUAGGCAGGACUAUGUCUCAUCACGCUGCUGCUCUAAAGCGUCACACAGCUCAACUGCGGGAAGAGCUUCAGAAACUCCCCUGUCCCGAAGGCCUGGACCCAGAUGCUGAUGAUUCAGCCGAGAAAUGCAGUGCCAUGACAAGUGCUGAGGAUGCUCUGUUGCACGAGCAAGUCAAACCGAGCAGCAGUAAAGACCUCCCAAGUGACUUCAAAUUAUGAGCUGCGUUGACAUGGACUUGAUAGACACACGAGGCUUUGAAGCACAAGCCAAAUAUGUCAAUAUUUGUAUCUAAGAAGCUAAUUAUGUAAUAGGUAAUGAAACUAUACUAUGCCCUUCAGGAUAUACAGAUUAAUUCAAGAUGAUCUUUUAUUUACCUGUACAAGAGUGUAAACUUUUUUGUGCUUUUAUUUCCAAUUGUGAGAACCACUGAUUGGUAUGUUUAAAAAGUUAUGUAUACAAGAAUGGAUAAAUCACUGCUAUAUAAGGGAAGCUACCUUAGGAAAGAAUGUUUACUGAAUGUUUAUAUUUUUUUUUUUUACUUGUAGAGUGAGGGCGGUUGUAACAAAGAAUAUAUAUUGGUCAUUCUUACAGCUACUAUUUAAAGUCGGACAGUUUUCACUGAAUUUGAUAGAUUUUACGUUUGGCCAUAUCUCCAUUCUCAUAUUUGAUUUCUAAAAAGAACCUCCUGUAUACUUCAAUAAAGGUCAAAUGGACAUGC